AAUCAUUCCUCAUCAGUAUUAGUUAAAAGAAAGAAAGAAAAAAAACUCUCAAAUUUUGUCACAAAAUCUUGAAUUUCUUCAUUCCUCUGUACUCAAUACAUUGCCAUGGAAGCUGUGGCGGCGAUCAUUGGUUCAGCUCUAAUACAACCUUUUAAAUUUGUAUUUGGAUCCAUCUAUGAUGCGAUGAAGAAUCGUUUUAAGAUCCAUUCAAAUUACAAUCAACUAGAGAGAGACAUAACACUUGUAUUGGCUCUCAAGACUCGCUUGAGAAGUGGGCUAGAUGAUGUGCAGCUGCAGCAUCUGUUACCCACAACUCAAGUUCAAGAUUGGUUAAGCAAAGUUGAAGAAUUGGAGAAAAAUUUCAAUUCUUUCCGUUCAACUCUGACAGAAAGUGGCAUUACAAGUGAUUCCGCCUCUUGUUGCUCAGGUUCCCUGCACUGCAAAUUGAGCAACGACAUAGCGAAACAGAUUGUGAAAGCAAAACAACUCAUUGAAGAAGGCAAACCCUUUGAGGACAAGAUAGUGGGUAUUCCUGUGGCAAGGCCAGUUCAGUAUAUUGAGGUGACAUCAAUCAAAGGUCAACCCACAGCAUCUAAAAAUUUGGCGAAGAUGAUGGAUCUGUUGAAAAGUGAAGAGUAUAAGAGGAUUGGUGUUUGGGGCAUGGGAGGCGUGGGCAAGACUACUCUUGUCAAGAAUUUGAAUAAUCAGCUCACCAAUGAUCCAACCUUCAACAUCGUAAUACUGGUUGUAGUAUCUCAAAACGCAACGGUGGAAGGCGUCCAAUCAAAAAUUGCUGAGCGGUUGGAAUUGCAUAUGAUGAAUAGAGAAGUGAGUAAGGAAAGUAUGGCCAGUCGUUUGUACAACAAACUUAAAGGCGAAAGAUUUCUUCUAAUUCUGGAUGAUAUAUGGGAAGAAAUCGAUCUCGAUGUUGUGGGGAUUCCUCGACCAAAUGAACAUACUGGCAGCAAAAUCAUACUAACCACCCGAGAUUUUAAUGUUUGCCAACAAAUGUUGACUGACAUUGACUUUCAAAUGGGUCGCUUGCAUCCUGAAGAAGCCUGGAAGUUGUUUCGUGAAACUGUGGAAGAGGAAGUGGUGGAUGAUGACCAAAUUAAGCCCAUGGCAGAGGCCAUUGUUAAAGAAUGCGAUGGAUUACCCCUUGCACUAAUUAUGGUAGGGGCAUCAUUGAGGAAAAAGAGAGAGAUUGGCUUGUGGCAAUGCGCAUUACAUGCCUUGCAGAAAUCAGAGCCUUCUCGCAUUAGAGGUGUUGAAGAAAAGGUUUACAAACCCCUCAAGUGGAGCUAUGAUUCCUUACAAGGUCAGCAAUUGAAAUCUUGCUUUUUGUUUUUCUGCCUAUUCCCAGAGGACUUUGAAAUUCAUACUUAUAAACUAGUCCAAUAUUGGGUAGCUGAAGGUUUAAUUGAUGAGCAACAAAACUUUGAGCAACUACAGAAUGAAGUUAUACGUAUUGUUGACUACUUAAAAGGCUCUUGUUUGUUGGAAAUAGGUCAACGUUUAAAUCAUGUAAAGAUGCAUGAUGUAGUUCGUGAUGUUGGGGUAUGGAUAGCAAAAUCCUUAGAGGAAGGGUGUAAAGCUAUUAUCAAAGCUGGAAUUAGCGGGACGCAAAUAUCACAACAGCUAUUCAAUUGUUCUGGGGUGAAGAGGGUGUCGUUUAUGGCGAGUAAUAUAGAAUUUCUCCCAAACUACAACAUACAAUGCGCAGAAGCAUCCACUUUAUUUUUGCAAGGUAACCAGAGACUUUUGGAAGUAUCAAACACAUUUUUACAAGGAUUCCAAAUGUUAAGAAUUUUGGACUUGAGUGAAACUAAAAUCAAAUUCCUGCCACACUCACUUCUUCAACUUGGUGAACUUCGAGCUCUCUUUUUAGAAAAAUGUUGUGAACUGCUUGAGUUACCAUCCUUGGCCACACUUGGAAUGUUGCAAGUGCUUAAUUGCUCUGCAUCUGCUAUCACUAAAUUGCCAGAAGACUUUGAAAAGCUAACGAACCUACGGCAGUUAGACUUAUCUCACACUUAUAAGUUGCGGAAAAUUUCUAGUGAGAAAGUUUCUAAAUUAUGUAGUUUGGAGUUUCUAAAUAUGAUGGGCAGCGCUACCAAAUGGAGAAUGAGGAAAGUAAAUGAUGAAAAUUUACCAUUUGAGAAGUUGUUAUGUUUAGAUCAAUUACUUUGCUUUCACAUUGACUUGGAAGACAUUUCUCAUGUCACUGCUGAACAUGUUUCUUGGCUCAGGAGAAUUAACAGCUUCUGUGUUAAUGUGACUCAUGGUGAUAAUAUCUACCAAACAUAUAAACCCCAUAGAUUACAUGUAAAAUAUAAACCCAAUACGAAGCGUGUGUUCUUCUCUGGCUUUCUUUUCUCAGAAGAUGAAUCAGUUGGAUGGCUGUUAGUACAUGCAUUUUGCUGUGAAAUUUGGGAGUGUAAGGGAGUUGAUCUCAUGCUUCUCCACAUGGUUAGGAGCAGCGUUGCAUUUGUUAAUUUGAAGCGCUUAGUAAUAAGUGGCUGUUGCAUCUCUGUCAAGCGAUCGUCUCAAGGGUGUGUUACGGAAUGUGACUUGCUUCCUAACUUAGAGGAACUUCUUUUUUUGAACUUGACCGAAUUAGAAAGCAUUUCAGAUUGCAGCAAUUUUCUUGGACUGCGUUUCACCAAGCUUAGAUUCAUAGUCGCUCAUGAUUGUUAUCAAUUGGAAAAUCUAUUCACAAUGGAUGGAACUCUUCACGAACUUGCAAAUCUGAAAACAAUCGUGAUACGCAGAUGUAUGAACUUGUCACAAGUGUUCAAAAACACACCCACAGACAACUUUGUGCCAAUGUUGAAAUCCUUAACUUUGGAGGGACUUCCAGCACUAGAAGAAAUAUGCAAAGCAGAUGAAUCAUGGAAAAGUCUAAAGAAGUUUAGAGUGAGGGAAUGCAGUAAGUUGCUGAAGUUGCCUCUUAGUGUUCAAAGUGCAGAGAAUAUUCAGUCAAUAAUGGGAGAACAAAAUUGGUGGAAUGAACUGCAAUGGGAUAAUGAAAAUCUGAAGAUGCACUUACACCCACUUUUUAAACCAAGUGAUUAGCAAGAAGUUAAAGAUGCAAAUGCUUCAAAUUAUGUCUUCAGCAUGACUCAAAGUGCAGGUUGGGUUGCAAUUGCUAAGUCUGAUCCAAUCAUCAAAGUCAACAAGUGUAUAAGAUUUGGAUAAGUGAUUGAUUAGUUUAUUUAUAGUUGGUGUUUUUAUUUUUCAACUUUCAUGUUUAUGUUUAUGUAUGUGGUUUAUUGUAUCAGACAGUUGAUAUUGAUAUAAUGGUAUGAAAUGAAAUAUGUAUAUA